AUGUCGUUUAUAUUUAGCAAUGAUAUGUUUGAUGAUAUGGAAUUUAAUGAAAAGAUAAAGCGUAAAUUGAAUUUGUCUUUAAAUAAAUCUUUUAAGGAUGACAAUAAAAACAACAAUAAUAAUAUUCAAGAUAAUAAUUUAACCGAUGUUUCUUCUGAAGAAUUUGACUUUCUUUCGAGUGGUAUAACGGUAACAGAUAUCAAAUUCAAUCAAGUCCCGAGUUUUAAAAUACUGGAUCUGGAUAUCACUACGAAGCCACGAUCUUUAAUUAAGGGUAUCUGUAAAAUAUCAAUACGUGAUGCAUUAAUCGAGCUUUCCACCAUAAUAGAAUCAAAUUUGUUGUAUCUUAACGUGGCAAAGAAUGAAAAUUUGCCUGAUUUUAUCAAACCUACUUUAAUUGAAAAUAAUUCAUUUAAGAUUCCAAUAAAAUUGGUUUUCCAAGAUAUUAAAUUGGAUUCGAUUUGUAAUUUUUUCAUUCAAGACCAUGGUGUUAGUAUUUCUUUCAAUGAUAUCUCUAUCGAUUUCCAAUUUAAUUGUUCUAUCAAGAUUUUACAGAAAAUGAUUGAAAAAAAUUUGAAAAAUUCAAUUCAAUCAGUAUUUAAAGACAUUUUACCAAGUGUAAUCUUUAAUAUGUCUCAAAAUUGGUUUAAUAAGAACCAUGAUCAGAAAUUAAAUCACUUAAAAAAUACGUCAAAGAAUGCUGCACGUAAGAUAAUAUUGGAUGAUAGCGACUUAAAUCCAUUAAAUCUUUUAAAAUUAUCCACAAUUGUUAUAUCGAGAAACUCAUUAUCUCUGACAGAUAAAGGUUCUAUCAAGAAUUGUCUAGAACGUUCGAAUUUGUACAGAUUCAUCUCACAAUUACCUUCACUGUCAAAUGAUACAUCAUCAAUGGAAAGAACAAACAUGUUACCAUCAAAAUGUCUAGACAAUGUAAACUUAACAGAAAUAAUUAAUAUUCAAAAUAAGUUGUAUGAAAGAAGUGAAACGACAAAACCAAAGAGACGUAGAGUUAGACUAAAUCGUAAGAAGAAAACAACAGAAUCAAAGCAUAGUGAAACGACAAAACCAAUUAUAACUAUGACUCAAGAACAUCCAAUGAAGAUUGUACCCACAAGACGUAUAAGUUUCGUAGGUAUCAACAAGGACGAUAACAAAACCCACUACAACAAUAAUAAUAUUCAGAAUUUUUACAAUAAUUGGAAAUGGAAUAGUAAUUAUCAUUUCCAAUUACCUCCACCUCCCCCAUACACAACAAUUAUAUAA